AUGGAUCUUCCCGCGUUCAAGCCCGCCUCUUACGACUCUUGGAUUGUCGGAACCGUCAGAGUAGUUGUUCACAACCUAGGCCCCGUCAAACCGGGGGCGCACAUCAGCUACAAUCACUGGACUGUCUCCCUUUUGGUAGCCCCAACCGCUCAGGAUGCAAAAGAGCAAAGAUUUUCCGGUUCGGUUCGCCUCGAUCUGAGACCUGAAGGUCCCAAAAACGGGACCUUGCACGUCGACUGGUUUGGGUAUCUCCUGAGUCAGAAUGCUGCGAAGCACUUCGACUUCACUGCCGUUAACUCAGACGGCCAAAUGACUGUGAGGGCGGUGAAAGAUCUCCUACAUGCGAAGAAAAGACACCAAUAUACCAUGACCAUAAAUGGGGGCUGCCAGUGGUGGGUGUAUGUACUUCACUAUGUCUCUCAGACACAAGCCUGA